AUGUGGAGGGGAGUCUGGAGAAAAUGUGUUCUGGUAAAACAACACAUCGUCUCCAGACUCCCCUCUACAUUCGACCCUUUCCAGUUUGCCUACUGGCGGAACCGCUCCACUGAGGAUGCCAUCUCCUCCGCUCUUCACCUAAGCCUGGCACACCUCGAGGAGAAGAACGCCCAUGUGUGGAUGCUGUUCCCGGACUUCAGUUCAGCGUUCAGGAGAGUGAAUUUUUACGCAGAGAGACACGCGCACAGAGACCUGUUCCUCCGGAGCAGGGAACACAAAACAGUUCACUGCGCGGUGCCGCAGGAGUUGCGAGGCGACGUCCACGACCCCCACAAGCCGAUCAAGACGGAGACCCGGCCCGAGCUCAUCCACGACCACCACGGCGGCCACGACAUGAAGCCGUCGGUCAUCAGGAGCGAAGAGUAUAACAACCCGUCAGUAAUAGUUCAUUCAGGCGCAAAGCAUCCUCUCCCUCCCGACUCUCCCGACACUACGCCAAAGCGGCGAAGUCACCGCUGCGACUUCCCCGGCUGCAACAAAGUGUACACCAAGAGCUCCCACCUCAAAGCACAUCGCAGGACACACACCGGUGAGAAACCCUACAAGUGCAUGUGGGAAGGCUGCACGUGGAAGUUCGCCCGUUCAGACGAGCUGACGAGACACUUCCGCAAGCACACAGGAGUCAAACCGUUCCAGUGUCCCGACUGUGAACGCAGCUUCUCCCGAUCUGACCACCUGGCUUUGCACAAGAAGCGCCACCUCAUGGUGUGAACCCCCCUCCAUCUUCGGGGCAACUUGAAAGAAACGCCAACGCUGGGUUCAAUGUUGGACUGUACCACUUUGACUUGAGGGGGGGGAAGAGGGGUUAAUCUAGCCGGCCUUACACUUUGGAUUCUGACAGGGAAGUGGGGAAAUGUUCCUCAGGGUGCAAGUUUAGAGCCUUUCACCUCAUUAGCCUGAAGACGAGCUGGGGGUUUCUCUACGCAGCUCGUUUUUUUUUAGUUUAUUUUUUAUGGUAGCUGUGCCAGAUCUUUGAUGUCAGCUGUGGAGGUUUCUGGAUGCUUUCUUUUUGAGGGCGGCUGCAGGAUCUCAGCGGGCCUGAGAGCGGCCGAACCAAACCUGCAUCAACACCCCAGUCUGUUCAAGCCACGCAGCCACGCAGUACUCUCAAGCUUCUUUUUGCAACCUCGCCUCUCAUUUCUUUGCAAGUUAAAAAAAUAAAUAAAUAAAUAAAGUUGUGACUUAGACAUACACUCUCACACACGUUAUUUUGCAAGCUAGGCCAAUAAAAUGUGAAACUUUCUCAAAUGUAUC